AUGAUUACAAACUUGGCAAACGGUGAGGAGGAGUUAGAAGACGUAGUUGGCAAACACAACAUUGUAGAAGAAUCCCACAUCGACAAAUUGCCAUACUUACAAGCUGUGACGAAAGAAACUCUGUGCUUGCACCCAGCCCUGCCUCUGUUAGUCCCUCAUUGCCCAAGUGAAACAUGCAUUGUGGGAGAGUACACCAUUCCAAAAAGAUCUCGGCUUUUCAUCAAUGUUUGGGCCAUACACAGAGACCCUUCGAUUUGGGAAAACCCGUUGGAGUUCAAUCCAGAGCGGUUCUUGGAUAGCAAAUGGGACUAUAGUGGGAAAGACUUCAACUAUUUUCCAUUUGGGUCAGGCAGAAGAAUAUGUGCUGGAAUUGCAAUGGCUGAGAGGAUGGUGAUGCAUUCACUUGCUACGCUUUUGCAUUCUUUUGAUUGGAAAUUGCCAGAGGGAGAGAAGUUGGAUCUUUCUGAGAAGUUUGGGAUUGUGUUGAAGAAGAAGAUACCUUUGAUUGCCAUCCCAACUCCAAGGUUAUCAGAUCCAGCACUCUAUGAGUAGAACAAUGCUGCUAUCAAAUUCCUUGGAAUACUUCACUUGUAAUAAUUAAUACCAACUUAAGCCCAAAAA